AUGUCGUUUCCGGCUCAGUCUUCUCGCCCGUCGUCGGUCGUUAUACCACCUCAGCGCUAUGGCUCCACGAUGGCGCGAGCCCGCCCUGUCAAUCAGCGGUACCACCGCGAUUAUGAUCUACACCAAGGGCCCGAGACGAGGUCACCUUACCUUCAAGACGGCUGGCGGACGCCUAUGGUGGAAGACGCAGAACACCGCGCCAAUCGAUCGAGAUUCUUCAACAAUACGUCAAUCAGCGAAAGCACGACUGAGCCCCGGAAGGACUCACAGACGGCAGUACCAGACGAAGGGAACGGUGAGGCGAACAAGGCCGAGGAUAGUGCGGAUGACCACCCAAAGGUCCUCUCCUGGUCGCAGCGAAUGAAACAUGUUACCUGGGCGUGGUUUACCCUCACAAUGGCGACCGGGGGCAUCGCCAAUGUUUUACACACUGUGCCGUACCGCUUCCAUGGUCUCUACACGAUCGGUGUUGUCGUCUUUCUGUUCAAUAUUUUCCUGUACAUCGUCAUCUGGGUCAUGAUAAUAACCCGAUUCACAUUGUACCCGUGGACCUUCCGGGCGAGCUUUACUCAUCCCACCGAAUCACUCUUUGUGCCGGCUUUCGCCGUCUCUUUUGGCACCAUCUUGAUCAACAUUGUGCAAUACGGGUCGGGCUAUGUCGGAUUCUGGCUCAACCGCACCGUUUUGAUCCUCUACUGGUUUGACUGUGGCCUGGCUAUCGGUCUGAGCAUCGGCAUCUACCUAGUUCUCUGGUCCACGCAAACCUUCACCAUCGCCCGAAUGACCCCGAUAUGGAUUUUCCCGGCGUAUCCUUUACUGAUCAUCGGCCCGCAUGCUGCAAAUAUAGCCACAAAGGCACUGAGCUCCAAGGAGGCUAUUCGGAUUCUGGUUGGCGGCUUCACCAUACAAGGCAUUGGCUUUCUCGUCUCGCUCACCAUCUACUCGGCCUUUGUGUACCGGCUCAUGACGCAGAAACUGCCCGCCGAACCGCUUCGACCGGGCAUGUUCGUCUCCGUCGGUCCUUCGGCCUUCACGGUCAGUGGAACCAUCGGCAUGGCCGAUGACCUGCACCGUGUCAUUGCCUCCUCUCCCACAUCUACCUUUAUGGAUGUGCCAGGGUUGCUUGCCGCCCAAAUCUUGAAGUUGGUCGGCACCUGGAUGUGUCUCUGGCUCUGGGGUCUGGCGUGGUGGUUCUUCUUUGUCAGCUUACUCUCUAAUAUAGCCUGUCUGCACCAGAAGCACCGCAUGCCGUUUGCCAUGACGUGGUUCAGUUUCAUCUUCCCUCAGACGGCCCUCACGACGGCGACCUUUUCGGUAGCCGACGCGUUCGACGUCGGUGCCAUUCGCAUCCUCGGCUGCAUCAUGACAGUCUUGUUGAUCAUUGUGUGGUUUGUUGUCGUUGGCUUCAUGAUCCGGGCCAUCGUCAACAAACAGAUCCUAUGGCCUGAGAGGGGAGAGGACAAAUCCGAAGGUGGGUUCAAGGCCAGAAUGGACGAGACGGGUGAUAGCGAGAUGACGCUGCUGAACAAGGAGAUUCCACCCAUGUCCAACGGCGUUGGAACCCCCGUUGCUGAUGGAAAUCGUGCCCGGGAUCAGAGACGUCGGCCUGGCGAUGCGGCGACGAGGAGCGUAUGA